UCGUCGCUUAGAAUUCCCUGGUUAGUACUUUAUUUACCAUCGAGCAUUUGCUCUUUAACCAAAAGGAUAUCACCGCCUUGGAGAAGACGAAGAAACAAACAACUCUAUAAACCCCUCCUCCCAACGAAGCCUCUGGGUUUUUCGAGGUUCCGAUAAGCUCACAUACCUUUCCCUAGGGCUCUCUACUCCUCCAAAGCUUUCACCUUUUUCUCGAUACUCUCUCGACAUGGCUGGAACCGCUUCUUCUCCCGACACCCUCGCCACUGGCUUAUCUCUUCUGGAGACAGCAGAUUUGUUUCAGGGGCUGUCUUUGGGUUCUGAUGGAAGUGAAGCCUCUAGGAACCGUAACAAGGGGUCUCUUCAGCAGCAGUAUGGACAUGUACCUUCUGGUGCAUUUACUGCUCCAUCUCUUCAUGGAAGCGAAAGAAGGCCUAAUCUGAAUGUUGGAGACUUCUUUGGUUCAUAUCCGUGGGGUUACUUACCAACAAACCAUCCUUCUGGUGGCUACCAGGAUCAGAGCUUUGGUUAUGGCCACAACAGCAGUUUAAACACCUAUUCACAUCUCAUGAAUCCAAACAGUUCACAAGAAGCACUGAGUUAUGACCAAUUUGGAUACAAUGAUCAUAUGUAUUCCAACAAUGGACUGUAUGGACUCUAUGGGAACGUAAUAGACUCAGGUCAUGCUUACGGAACAUUUGGUUACGAUUCCUGGAAGCUAGGGAGAGGAUGGUAUCCCGUUGAUGGUUAUAAAAAGACCAAAAGCUUCAACUACGGUCGUGGCUACAGCGAAGAGAAGGCAGAUAGGCUUAACGAGCUUUGCAGAGGACCUAGGAGCAGUGAAGGUCUCAACUCUACAGUGAAGCAGGACUCUCCAGUGGUAGAGAACUUCCCUGAGACACUGGUGAAUGCCAAGUUCUUUGUGAUCAAGUCUUACAGCGAAGAUGAUGUUCACAACAGUAUCAAGUACGGUAUGUGGUCGAGCACACCAACGGGCAACAAGAAGUUGAACGCUGCUUAUCAAGAGAGUUCUCAAGAUUGUCCUGUGUAUCUUCUCUUCUCGGUGAAUGCGAGUGGGCAGUUUGUUGGCGUUGCGGAGAUGAUAGGUGCGGUUGAUUUCAACAAGACAAUGGAGUAUUGGCAGCAAGAUAAGUGGAUUGGUUGUUUCCCUGUGAAGUGGCGUAUCAUCAAAGAUGUACCGAACAGUCUCUUGAGGCACAUUACGCUUGUGAAUAAUGAGAACAAGCCUGUUACUAAUAGCAGAGACACUCAAGAGGUGAAACUGGAAGAUGGAAUUAAGAUCAUAAAGAUCUUCAAGGAGUAUAUGAGCAAGACGUGUAUACUUGAUGAUUUCAAGUUUUAUGAGACGAGACAGAAGAUAAUCAGAGAUAAGAAGAUCAAGCAAAAGAAACAGGUGCUUGAUGGAGCUACUGUUGAAACGAUUCACUGAGAUCAAUGGGAGGAAAGAUGACUUUUAAUAUUUUAAAAAAAAGAACAGUUUGGAUUAUGCUUUUUUUUUUACUUCAGGCUUUGGAUGUCUGAGAACCUCAUUAUAUAUGUUGGGUUUCUAAGCUUUUUUUCUAAACAAGAUUACAUUAUGUUUUGUUCCUUGUAUAAGGAGGACGCACCAUCUGAUAAAAACAAAACUCAUGAUUUAUUU